GUGAGCGGCGAUGGUGCUCAUUAGUCGGUAGUCGGUACACUCGCCAGCAUUUCUAAUUUAAAGAUUGCAGAUAUUAUAAAGUUGUUAAAUGUUAUAAAAGCAAGAAAACAACAAAAGAAACAGGAAUAGAAUGACAAAAAGUAGCAAGAACAGUGAACAUAAAACUAAAAUCCCUGAAAAGAAUAAGGAUGAAGCCAAUUCCGAUAAAGAUGUUGAUUAUGAUGAGUUACUAUCAGCUGCGGGGGAGUUUGGCCCGUACCAAAUAAUUUUAUUUUGUUCGACAUUACCUUUUUAUAUCUUUGGCGUGUUCUCAUAUUACACGCAACUUUUUAUGACAGAAGUGUCACCAAACCACUGGUGUUGGAUCCCCGAACUAGAGAAUUUAACUGCCAUCGAACGAAGAAAUCUUGCAAUCCCGUUGGACCCUGAAGCACGAUUUGGUUAUUCGCAAUGUAAAGUUUACACUGCCAACUGGCUUGAAGUGCUAGAGACAGGCCAAAGGCCUAAUGGAACCUGGAAUACUCAGCCAUGUCAGUAUGGAUGGGAAUUUAAUAAAUCUGAAAUACCUUAUCCUACUAUUUCAAGUGAAUUGGGAUGGGUAUGUGAUAAAAAUAGUUAUCAAGCAACAGCCCAAUCUUUUUACUUCAUUGGAGCUAUAGUAGGCGGAUUUUUCGUUGGUUGGGUUGCUGAUAGAUUUGGCAGGUUACCAGCUGCUACAUUAAGCAAUAUGAUUGGAUGUGUGGCUGGAAUCGCUAGUAUAUUUUCUCGAAAUCUCCUGCAAUUUUCUUUGUGCCGAUUUGUAAUGGGAAUGUCGUAUGAUAAUUGUAUGAUGAUGACGUAUCUUUUAGUAUUAGAAUAUGUUGCACCAAAGUAUCGCUCUAUUAUGUCAAAUUUGCCUUUUGCACUAUUUUUUUCGUUGGGUGCAGUAGCUUUACCAUGGAUAGCUCUUGCAUGUGGACACUGGAAGACAAUUAGUAUAGUGACAAGUGUUCCAAUGGCAAUAACUCUAUUAGCGCCUUUUGUUAUGCCAGAAAGUCCUAGGUGGCUUCUUUCUAAAAAUCGCAUCGAUGAUGCUGUGAGAAAAGUUCUUACCAUUGCAAAGAUCAAUAAAAAACAGAUACCUUCAAAAUUGAUAGAACAAUUCAAAACAUCUACUUUGAACAAAAAUAGAGAAGAAAGUGCUAGCAUUUUAGUUAUUUUCCGAAGACCUAAGUUAAGAAAAAUGUUUAUAUGUAUUUGUUUAGAAUUUUUGUGCUGCUUAACGAUUUUUGAUGCUUUAGUUAGAAGUAUUGGGGGGCUAGAAUUCGAUUUUUUCUUAUCCUUUACCUUUGUAUCCUUAACUGAAUUACCUUCUUUAAUUUUAGUUUCCUUUUUAAUCGAUUUAACUGGUAGAAAAGGAAUGUCAGUUCUCUCGUUUAUGGUAUGUUUUAUAUUUAGUAUAACAACAGUGUUUGUCAGCAAUGGUUUGCCGUCUGUUCUAUGUGCAGUAGUAUCAAGAUUUGCUAUAAAUAUGUGUGUUAAUGCUGGCAUGCAAUGGGCUGCUGAAAUGCUUCCUACACCUGUGAGAGGAUCUGGUUCAUCCAUCGUUCAUAUAUUCAGUUACAUUGGUACUAUUUUAUCCUCGUAUAUUGUGUACCUUGCCAACUUCAUUCCUUGGCUUCCUCUUGUUAUUCUGGGAGGCGUUGCUCUGAUCGGAAUGUUUCUAGCACUAACACUGCCGGAAACGGCGGGAAAAGACAUGCCUCAGACUUUUGAUGAAGCAGAAGAAUUAAUCAGUAAUCAAAAGAUGUUUGACAUACCAUUCCUACGAAGUAAAAAGAUAACCAAUGUUGGAAAUGAAAAUUUGUCUUUUGAAAUGAAUUAAUACUAACAUAACAAUAGUGUCUUUCCAGAUUAUCUUGUUAUUGUGUAAUUUGCGCUGGAUAUAUGUCAAUUUACCGAAUAUGUACCCAAAACUAAGCUGCCAAGCAUGUAUCAAGGUAUCACGCAUUCCCAUUGUGCGCAGACUUUGAUACCGGGUACUUGUACACCGGUGAAAUUGCGAGUUUGAAGCUCUCGGGCCUAUCCGGCCACGGAAGCACAUUUACUUACUAUCAUGGUUAUAGAUAUAAAUAUCAAUAGUUGGUAAUAAUAAGGUAUAAUUUUUUUAAAUUAUGAAAUAAACUUUUUAUGAUAGUGA